UCCUUUUAAUGUUUUGUUUCCUCAAAUUUACAAUUCCAAUUUCUUCCCUAUUUGCAACACCACCACCUAUAUACCUAUUUCUCUGUCUGUCCCCUCUUCUAUCUUUUUUGAAAUCCUCAAAACCUUGUUUCCUAUCACAUGAAUGUGUGUGUCUUCUGACUCCUUCAAAUUCAAACACCAACUUUCCACCCUUCAUCACAGUUCUCAGUUACAAGGAUUCUUCAGAUGGACAAUGAAUUUGAGGAUAGGAGAACAAUGUCAGAUAUGCUACAAAGCAAUCUGCAGAGGAAAAAGCAGCCAUUUUGGAGAGUUUUGACUAUGAAAGAGAGAAAUGGAAGGACAAUGGAAAGAAGCUCAGUUGAUUCACAUGAACUACUUUCUGAUUUAUCCCUUGGAAGUCGAGGCUCAGAACCUUCCAUGUCUUCUAGUGAAGCACUUCAGGAUUUCAGAGUUUUUGCGGCUACAUGGAAUGUUGGAGGGAAAUGCCCCAGCGAAAACCUUGAUCUGAGUGAUUUUCUUCAGGUCCACAAUGAACCGGAUAUGUAUGUUUUGGGCUUUCAGGAGAUUGUCCCUCUAAAUGCUGGAAAUGUGCUGGUACUAGAGGAUAAUGAGCCUGCUGCAAAGUGGCUUACUUUGAUCAACCAUUCACUAAAUGGUCCUUCAGAUUUGGCUUCUAAAGCACUAAGACCCACUGCAUCAUUUGGUGGGUCAUCAUUCUUCGCAAAGCCCUCUUACAAGAAGAUUAAGAAAACGUUAAAGAAAUUAAAUGAAAAGAAGCUAAAAAGCUGUAACUGUAUUCUUGAAAUGGAAAGGAAGGCUGCCAAAGAUUUCUGUUUUCGCUGCCAAGAAUCAAAUUUCAAUUUAGAAGACUCAUCCACUGAGGAGGAAGACGACAGUUUCCCAAUUUCUGUUGCUUUGGCUGCUAACCAGAUGAAAUACAAUCUUGUUACCGCUAAGCAAAUGGUUGGUAUCUUUGUUACUGUCUGGAUGAGGAAGGAGCUUGUUCAGUAUGUAGGCCAUUUAAGAGUAUGUCGCAUUAGUCGCGGGAUCAUGGGGUGCCUUGGAAACAAGGGGUGUAUAUCUGUGAGCAUGUCAUUUUAUCAGACAAGUUUUUGCUUUAUCUGCAGCCAUCUCGCUUCCGGUGAGAAAGAGGGCGAUGAGCUUCGCAGGAAUCUUGAUGUCAUAGAGAUACUAAAGAACACUCAGUUCCCAAGGAUUUGCAAAACACAAAAUAGCAGAAUGCCUGACAAAAUAUUAGAUCAUGACCGAAUCAUAUGGUUUGGAGACUUGAAUUACAGAAUUUCUUUGAGCAAGGAUGACGCAAAAAGGCUUGUGGAAAUGAAAGAUUGGCCUGCACUUUUUAACAAGGAUCAGCUUAAAAUGGAAAGGGAAGCAGGUCGUGUUUUUAAGGGGUGGAAAGAGGGGAAGAUCUACUUUGCACCUACUUAUAAAUAUGCCUUCAACUCAGAUACUUACUAUGCUGAAGGUGUAAAAGUUUCAAAGAACAAAAGGAGAACACCAGCUUGGUGUGACAGAAUCUUGUGGCAUGGAACGGGACUACAGCAACUUUCGUAUGUGCGUAAAGAAUUCAAGUUUUCAGACCAUCGACCAGUUUGUGCAACAUUUUUGGUAGAAGUUGAAGUCAUGUUCAGGGGACAAAAGAAGAAAGUUUCUACUUUCAACUUUCAGAUAAAUGAUCUUGUACCAACAAGAAGUUCAUUUUAUUGAUGAUGAAAAUUCGUACUGAUGCACUAACCACAAUGACUUCAAGAAUGAGUAAAUAUUAAAAUCAUUCCCUUCAUGAUGAAGAAAAGCUUGAAGGUUUUGGACACUACCAAGGAACAAAAUAUAGCUUAAAGGACAGAAGAAGAGAUGAACAUAUAACACAAAUGUGACUCCCCAAAAUAACUUGAAUUUUUUUUUAAUAAAGUCUUAAAUCAGUGGUUUUUUGGUUUUAUUUUUUGCCUAUAGAAGCUAGGUAGCUUGAGGGGGAAUAGAACAGAACCAGCUCCCCAUGUAACUGAAGGGUCAGGGUUAUAUGAAAUCUGAAUAAUUUUUUCUCCUAA